AUGUUUCCUGGCAACCCAGCUUCCACCGAAGGUCGCAGCGCCAUAAUUCCUAUUUUCGCUCCACCUCCAGAAGAUAGCUCGGAUUUUGAAAUAUCGUUACCGAGCCCGCUGAAUCUUACUCCAGGAUCAUAUGAGAGUUUUUCCACUAUACGUAGGUGGCUCCGCCAGUGUGAAGGACAUUCGUGCUGCAAAAAUUCACACAAUUGGCAACGCCCUACUCGACUUGUCGACGUUGGCAAUAAAGACAGCAAAGAUGUAUGCAUCUUUAUCACUGAUCCUGAACGCUCUGUAAAAUACGCAGCUCUCAGUUACUGUUGGGGAGGUGAUCAAAAGUCAAAGACGGUAUGGGAAACACUGGAAAAGAGAUGCAGAGGCUUCCCACUGGCGGAACUUCCGAAAACCAUCCAGGAUGCCAUAUUUACUGCGAGGAGACUUGAGAUACCAUAUCUUUGGGUUGAUGCAUUGUGCAUCGUCCAGGAUGAUGACGCUGACAAAAACCGAGAACUGCCUAUUAUGGAUCAAAUCUAUGCAGGCGCUUUCCUCACCAUUUCAGCAGCAAGAGCA